AUGAACAGAAUGUUCUUUCGAUUCGUUAAACAAGCUGUGAAUAUUCCUCCCGUGGUACUAAGUAGAUUCUCUAUGCCGCAGCGUUCGUUAGCGCACGGUCCCCCAAUGACAAAACCAAUGAUUGAAGACCGGGUUAUGUUGGUUCUAAGGUUAUAUGAUAAAAUAAACCCAGACAAACUCACGCUGGAGUCAAAUUUUUCCAGAGACUUCGGGAUGGAUAGUUUGGAUCACGUAGAACUUGUGAUGGCAAUUGAAGAGGAAUUCAAUGUUGAUUCGGAACGGUUCAGAACUCCAAAAGACGUCAUCCGAUAUCUGUGUGACAAAUACGAUAAUAAAAACCCUAGACCAACGAAACAAUUCGCUUCUAUUCGGCGGCGUAAUUUCUUGGGUGCUCGAUUAAACAGAAUAAAUCUGUUUAUACUCAAGUAUAAACAGCGACUCUGCGGCCAAUUUUACUUACGUCCGGCUCAUCACUUGUGUCCAUCCCCAUCGGAUACAGUCCACGGUGUCCGACUCCGAUUGCCUUCUGAUAUCUGCGCUUAA